AGCGACCCGAAGCGAGUGAGCGCGAGAGCAGGAGGGGGAUUUCCAGCGCGAGCCUCUACUUCCCCUCCUUCCAGUCGUUGUUUUGCUUUCGGUCUUGACAUAGAAACAGAAAAAACGCGACGUACUCACUUUUGGUUUUCCACAUUUAAAAAAAAACAAAAACCCACACGCACACAAGAAAGAAGUUGUCAAGUGUUCGUCAUUCCAUUCAGUGAGACGCAGCGAAGCUACAGGCCGUUUGUGAACAGGUCACAAUGCCAGUAGAAAGGAUGAGGAUGCGACCAUGGUUGGAGGAUCAAAUAAAUUCAUGUCAGAUACCAGGACUUAAAUGGGUUAAUAAAGAAAAGAGAAUCUUCCAGAUCCCAUGGAUGCAUGCUGCACGUCAUGGCUGGGACCUGGAGAAAGAUGCUCCACUCUUCAUGAGAUGGGCCAUACACACUGGUAAAUUCCAGCCAGGCAUUGACCGUCCAGACCCAAAGACAUGGAAGGCUAAUUUCCGCUGUGCUAUGAACAGCCUGCCAGACAUUGAGGAAGUGAAGGACAAAAGCAUCAAAAAGGGAACCAAUGCCUUCAGAGUUUAUAAGAUGCUCUCCAGUACAGAGAGAAGUAUGAGGAAAGGAAAGAAGAAGAUGGACAAAGAGGGGAGGCCAAAGGAAAAUAAAGAGGAAGCUUCUUCGUUUCCAGAUAGGAUUCUUCUCCAAGCUAAUGCAGGACCUAUUGACUAUUCUAAACAGGAGGUGGUCAAGCAGGAAGGCAUUGAGCUAACAGUGAUGGACAGUGCUUCAGCCAUUCACAGUCCAGUCUAUGAAAACGUGAUCACAAGUGAGCAGCUGCCAUUCGUCUGUCAGACAAUUGAAGUAACCACUGAGAAUGAAGAGCAUACUGUUAGCUCCUCCCACUCGUACCCGCUCCAAAUCUCCCCUGUGUCUUCAUGCUACGGCAGUGACACAGACAGUGACAAUGAGGACAGUAAAGAGCGUGUUGGUGCAGGCUGGAGGCGGAACUACAGCGCAUCAGUCCUCAAAGUCCCCACAUGUUCUCUGCCAGGCAUGGACACCUUUGUCAGCUCAAACAAGCCUAACUUUAGGGUCACCAGCACACGAGACCCAGACCCUCUCAUCAGCUACCACACCGAGGGCUGGACGCCGACCCACAACCAGGACUCUCUCGCAUCCUCAGUGAGCAGCCAUGAGAUGCGUGCAAGUGUCAUCAUGAAAACCUCAGAUGUUGCAUCGUCCUGACCCCAGAUAAGGAAGCAUGAUAGCCGCCCACAGGUCGUAGGAAUGACAGAGUAUGUUGGUCACAUGGUGCCUAAAAGACACCAAACCAUCAAAUCUGUGAUUUUUUUUUAAUUCUCGCAUCUGUUUGUCCCCUCACUUUUCCUCUUUAAUUGGAAAAUGGCAGACUUGUCCAUUAAUUGAUGAACACUGACACCGUUAAUAUUUUGUUUGUUUGUUUGUUUGGCUGUGAAGGACUGUGUGAUGUAAAGUUCAUCAUCUUGCCACGUCUGUGAGGGUUUGCAGCUGAUUCAGUUCCAGCUUAAAAUGUUUGAACAUGUGGAACACACACACUGACAAGCAUGCAUGAAUACUGCAUGUGUUAUUGUCCGUGUUCACUUUGUUUUGUAAGAUAAUUAGUCCUUUAGACACUGAAAUCAUCCAUGUGUCCCUAUUGGAUCAUUUCCCCCAGAAUAUUCUAUGAUGAAUAAUGACAUUCUGCACUUUAAUCAUGUGAUGAGAUAGAUUUUAUCUUUUUCUUUAAUUGCACAGCCAGUCUGUAGCCAGAUUUUAAAGUAGAUCCAGUGGAUCGUGAUUUUUAAUUAGGUAAAUUAGUAUUAGUGCUGCAUCUUUUACAGACGAGUGUCAAAGUCCUUUUCAGACAUAAAAAGUUAAAAAGUGUUUUGCAACAUAUAAAAAGGUAAACACGCAGAACAGAAGCCGUAGAGUUAAUACAGGAACAUAGGAACUUUAAAAGCUGUGUGCAGCCUCGACAGCAGCUAAGACAUGCAUUUCCUGUUCAAAGAGGCUCUAACAAUUUGUCAUGAAGACGUUAGAACCAAUAACAAAAGCAGAUUAGAAAUAUAUAAGUUAUAAAUAAGUCGUAUGCCCAUGUCAAUGUCCUGACACGAGUGUCUGAUGUCUUAACCUUAUUUUACUUGGUCACCAGUCACAGGAGAACCCACUGGUCAUUGGUCGCACACUGGUGUAACUCAACUGUUAACAGGAAAUGUUGUCUUAAGUGCUUUACUGGGACACAUGGAUGAACAGAGAUUAUAAAAUCCUGUAAGCAACGUGUGCCUUCAUCAUCAUGCAACAACCGAGAGUAAUUGUAAUGCGGAUGUUAUUUUUCUGUUGGCAAACCAGCUCGACUAGCAGCAAUUUACAAUCAUUAUGAAGGCCCAGAGUGUGUGUGUGUGUGUGUGUGUGCGUGUGUGAGAGAGUACAUGUCUGUCAGGAAACCUCAGGUAAAAAGUGCCCAUCAACACACAGACAGAUGAGUGAACAACAGACUGUGAACAGUGGAGACAUGUUAAUAAUGUACAUAGCUCAUACGUAUGUAAUGUAUGCCUUCAAGCCGCUUCUGCACCUUAUGGAUAGCACUGCUGUGUGUGUGUGUGUGUGUGUGUGAGUGUGGGAGGGAGGGAGGCGUGUUAUUGAACACAUGUGCCUUUUCAUUGUGUGUGUGUGUGCUUCUCAGUCUGUCAGUGACACAUGUGAGUAGCUGUGGUCAGCUGUGAGUGUGUGGAGACAGACUGAUCAUAGAGGAAUGAAGAGUUGACGGCCGCAUUAAACAUUGUUGCCUUCUGUUAAAAUGCUUCACUUUAAAGUAACGAUGCAACAGGGAGGAGGAAAGUGGCUGUGAUCACGAGGAAUACAGAGUGAUACGUACAUCACAGCAGAAGUCGCUCGCCUGUUUCUCUCCAUUUCUCCUGGAAACAUCCAGCUUCAUAAUAACCACUGAUUUUUACAGUCUGUAAAUCUCUACACGCACAGAGAGAAUCUCUCUUUUUUAUCCCAAAAGUUGCAAAUGUUUGAGUUGUAUGUGCACAGAGUGAUCUGUUAAUGCAGCAAAGACUUGAGUUUACAGAAGCCAAUGUUGUUUAAUCAUUGAUGUAAAAUGGAAAUGAUCUCCUUUAUCUUAGCUUGCUUAAAGGUGACUGAAUGAGUUCGCAGCUAGCAGGCUAAAGCUUUCAGCAGCGCUCCAGUGGGAACAGCUCUAAACGUUAGUGUGGGCAAACGGAAAUCUAAAAUAUAUUUGAAUCAAAUUCUUGUAGAUUUUGACACUGGAUGCCGAUUCAUAUCAUGGUGAAAUGAUUUAAGGUUGUCAUUGAAUCAAAGGGGUUUGGGCUUAUUUGACUACAGAUUUGGAAUUUGAGACACUUCACCAAAUGUCUCUGUAAUUACUUUUUUGUCACUCACUGAUGAAGAGAAAAAUCUCCUCUGUGGUUACACUUCACAAUACUAGGAAAGUUGAAGCCAUGACCGACAGCUGCCUUCUUUAAACGCACGUCUUCACUGAGCCUCUCCCAACACUAUAUUGAAUACUAAGAGUCAGGAUUUCUGCAGCCGUGUUGUUGUAGUAACUCAGUCAGAAGUUAAAUUUGCCAAUUUUCUUUAUGUGCCAACAACAAUUGAAUUUCUAGUGUUACUGGCACUGGAGCUUGUAAUGACUUGAAAUGUACAAGUUCCACAGGAUCUGCUCUGAUGAUCAAAUGUUGAGAGUCUCCUGCCUCAACAAGCCUGACCAUGGAAAUCUAAAGGAACGUCAUGGAAUAAACUCCACUGCACUUAUGUUUGUGUUUUCAUUGUGGCUGUUAAUCAGCAGGGGAAGUGCUUCGUCAUUUUUAUUUAUCUCGUGUUUUUGUCUAAUUUUCCUAACCUGAUUUUGCCUUAUGUGAUUGAAAGCCACUGAGUUACAGUGGUGUUAAAAUUAAGGUGUGUCUUAAUCUUGGCUCAAGGACAUCCUGACUCAACGGGGAAGAAAAGGUAACAGAUAAUACAGUGCAGUAAAGGAGUUGUAACCACAUUCUGUUCAUUCAGCAUUCAUUCUGACAACUGUGUGAAUCAACAUGUACAAAUGAAUAAAGACUUUUGUAUUUA